CCGUGGGGGAAGCUGGUCAAAGUGGACUCCAGUGAAACUGUUCUGCUUUUCAAUAAAGAAUGCACAGUUGGCAGAAAAAAAGAUUGUCAUUUGUCCUUUCCAGCCAAUAAACUCGUCUCAGGGGAGCAUUGCAAGAUAGUGAAAGAUGAAAGCUCGGGGUUGGUGUGGCUUGAAGACAUGAGCACUAAUGGCACGGUGAUCAACAUGUCCAAACUAAUCAAGAAGCAAAGYCACACUCUGCAAAAUGGGGACAUCAUCUACUUUGUGUACAGGAAGAGUGAGCCAGAACAAAACAUUGCCUAUGUUUACCACUCUGUGAAAACGGAGCAAUGUGUUACCGACCUAUCACCCUCCAGUUAUGAAAGAGAAAGGCCAGCCUGCUGUCCCUCCCCUGUCUCGGCGUCAGACAUGUCCCUGUCUGUGGAGCCUGUACUGCUAACCAGGGCUCCUCUGGGUCCCGCUCGGGAGGAGGAACCUCAGCCGUCCACUUCUGCUUCCCUCUUCUGUGUCGAGAGCCCUUCCUCCUCUGGUCUCAGGGCUACAGCCGGUCAAGCUGCAGAUGCUGCCUCCAGUCUAGGAAAAGACACUGAUAACCUGGAACCAGAAAGGAAAAAGAGGAAAAUUCAUAACGAUAAAGAAAGUGACCUGGGUUUACCCCACACCUCCAGUACAGAGCUGCCAGCGUCUGCUCAGUUAGCUCCUGGGGAGAUUUUGUCCAAACCAGUAGUUGAAGGCAGUAAAACCGACAAGAUGGAGGAAACCCUGACCUGCGUAAUUUGCCAGGACCUUCUUCAUGACUGCAUCAGCUUGCAGCCUUGCAUGCACGUCUUCUGUGGUGCCUGCUACUCAGGUUGGAUGGAGCGCUCCUCUCUUUGCCCCACCUGCCGCUGCCCCGUGGAGCGUAUUUGUAAAAACCACAUCCUCAACAACCUAGUGGAGGCCUACCUAAUCCAGCAUCCAGAGAAGUGUCGCAGCAAGGAGGACCUGAGGAGCAUGGACAGCCGAAACAAGAUAACUCAGGACAUGUUGCAGCCAAAAGUUGAGCGCUCUUACUCUGAUGAGGAGGGCAGCUCGGAUUACCUCUUGGAGCUCUCUGACAAUGACAGCGACUCCUCAGACAUCAGUCAGCCUCUUGUGAUGUGCAGACAGUGUCCUGGCUACAUGAGGCAUAUGAACCAAGUGCUGUUUGCUACAAGUUCAAACCACUGGUUCUCUCCUCUUGCAACUCCUCUGGCUGUACCUCCACCACCCAAAUCACCAAGUGAGGAGGGAGCAGCAAAGCCAAUGGGAGAACAACCCUCAACAUCCUCUGAUCAGACCUCAGCAGCACCUCAGGAGUACCACUGUCCCCCUCAGGGCUUCCAUCUCUUCUGCACUUGCUGCCUCCAGCCCAUGCCAGACCGACUGGCCGAGCUGAACAACCAGCAGAUUAUUUCUCAACAGUGUACGCUGUGCCAGCGACCUUUCUGUCAUAUGUACUGGGGUUGCCCGAGGAYUGGCUGUCGAGGAUGUCUGACUCGAUUUAGUGAGAUCAAUCUGACUGACAAGUGCCUGGAUAAUAUACUGAACUACAAUAGUUAUGAAUCAGAGAUCCUAAAAAACUACCUGUCCUCCAGAGGGAAGUCGUGGAAAGAUCUACUGCAGGAGUCUUUGCAGGGUUUGCAGCAGGGAAACUACUUCCUGACAGAUUGUCGGAUCUCUGCGAGCACCAUCCUUUGUUUCUGCUGCGGUCUGACAACCUUUAAGGAGCUGGCCUACAAAUACAGACAGAACAUCCCUCCAUCGGAACUGCCAGCUGCAGUCACAUCUCGCCCCGACUGUUACUGGGGACGCAACUGUCGCACACAGGUGAAGGCUCAUCAUGCAAUGAAAUUCAACCACAUAUGUGAGCAGACACGUUUCAAGAGCUGAAGGAGCCAGAGGCUCGUUUCUUCUCCACUGUGUCAGAUGAGGAUAAAUCUGCAUCUUGUGCACAGGGUGGGAAACACUAUCUUAAGUUUGCUUGUGUCUAUUAUAGCCUUAUGCAAUAACCCUAUGCACAUAAUACUGUCAGUGUCCAUUUACAAUAGUGGUCAACUUUGAAAAUGCUAUGCACAUUUUAUUAAUGUAUUAAAAGUCUUUGGAAAGGCUGAACACAGAGCUUGUUGGUUGAACAGCAAAAGCUGUUACCUCAGUUUUAUGUCACAUAUCGAUGAAUCGUUUAAACCACUUUAUGAUAAAGCAGGUCAGUUUUUUGGUGGAAUGACUCAAAGUGCUUCCUAAAUAUGUACUCCUGUUUUAUGGCCACCCGUAAAGUACCUCAUGGAUUUACUGUUUCUGCAAUAGAAUAAUUUUAAUGCUCUCAUUACUUACUGAAUGUAAAAUUCAGGGCCUCCAACGUAAUGCAGAUAAAGUUUGGAUAGGGUWACCGUGAAGUGAUUAUUAGUAUUUUAAAAAAAUAUUUCUUUUAUGUAUUACUUUUAACCAGGACGUGCUAAACAAACUGCUCUUUAGCUGCACGCUAACUUUAAGCAAAGUGCCACCGCCUGUUUAAUCAGGGCAUAACCAUGUUCCCAGGCAGGAGCAAAAAGCCACGUCAAAGCCCCUCACUCACGUACGAGGUCAGGUCUGUAAUCCCAUGUGAUAUUUGUAUAGGAUUUCAUGUCUGUGGGAAGGAGAUCAAUGUGUUGUCAUGCUGUCAGAAGGCAGAGGGGGCCUCUGCUGUGUGCUUUGUUCUGGAUAAUCAUCUCCAAGGUGAUUUAACAUGGAGAAAAAAGGGACACUUUCCUAUGGCCCCUGCAGUCAGGGCUAAUCUGUGAUGAAAYGCACGGCUGUCCCACGUGGAUUGAAAGCACAAGAAACAUCUAAUCUGAACGUUUAAGUGAUGCAGGUCAAAAGUUUGAACACUCUGCAGCACAUAGCUUAAAGAAUGAUGAGAACAUGUCACGAUCCACUUCUCACUUACCUCAACCCAUCAGCAUUUUUGUUCAGAUUUCCUACUUCUCAGGUACACAAAGCUGCUGUUAGGUUUUACUCCCAGGUUAGCCACAUUAAAGGAUUUUGAUGUCAAAAAAAAAAAAGGAAAACAGUGAGGGUUAUAAAGCACUGAACUUAAGACUAUCAUCACCGAUGUUUAAAAAUAAACAUCUAAAUCUGGAUGAUAAUGUACAAAGUUAGACUAAUCAGUUUGUAAAAUUGUUUUAUUUGCCUUAAAAAAGUCACAACUUCCAGAGGAGCUUGAGGCCUUGUAUAUUAGAAUAAAAUGUAAUCUUCACAACCUUCUUUGUUUAUAGUCUGUUAUAAACGCUGGUGGAUGUGAAGUGGAAAACAGUCAAAGCAGUUUGUUGCAGGUCUCUAGUACAUUUUGUGCAAUUUUUUUGUUUUAUUUUAAUUGAUUUGCAAGAAUAAUUAGUUUAAUAUUUGCACACAUUUAAGGCUUAGUUGCCAGUUUGAAGUUUAUCAGUGAAAAUCCUGUGCAGCGUGUGCAAUGAAAGCUCAAUCAUAUGAAGGUUCAUUCCAAAAUUAAAUGUUUGAUUUAAAAAAAAAAGGGAGAAAAUUUCUAGAGAUGAAGAUUUUAUUAGUUAUAUAAAUAGUAACUUUUGAUAUAUUUAACUUUUGGUGAUUUUUAAUGGUGAAUAUUGGUGUUUUGUUUUUUAGUGGUCGGUUUUUAUUUGUUGGGCAGGAACUCUUUGAAUGGGCACUUUUUUAUAUUUUUGCUUAGGUUUCAUUCAGUAGUAGGCUCAUUAGCAGUAUAAGUAAGGUGGUGGAUCAUUUCCAGUAUACUUUUUUUAAUUAUUAUUUUCAUUCAUGCUGGGUUUAUGUCGACAUUCCAUAGCAGCUCAGCCCCUCAUCAUCCCCACCCCCGACAAGUUUUAAUUAUGUUCUACAGGAAAUCUGCUCGCCCUGAGCUGACAACAGUCCCGAGCCGCUCCAAUCAGAAACUGGCAUUUAGAGGGUUUACUUUGCUUUCUGCCUGGACUGAUGGGUGUCUGUAGUUUUAUACUGAGGUGUAGGUUUGCUCACCUUUUUCUGUAAACGUUUGGACUGAGCUGCUCAGGAUUAAAAAAUAAAAAGGUUUAUUCUACCUCAUGUCAGCUUCCAUGAAUUAGGGUCUGAAGGGGGUAUCAGUYCAAUUCAGACCCCAGAAUAAAACCUGUGCUUGGAUUUUCAGUGACAGAUCUUUAUACUGAUGCCUGUAAAGUUUGUGUGAUGCACUAUUUUAAAAUCUAGAUAAUCAUUUUGGAAGAUAUUUCAGAGUAGCAUGAAGCACGUACAGACUUAAGUUUUACUAAUACAUGAUAAAAAUGUUCAAUCUUAACUAAUGUAUUUUCCAAUUUGCCAGUUUAACUAUAAUAAAAAACUAUUAAACCUG